GUAGGCUGUUGUGGAUUCGUAUAUUUUAAGUAUAUUUUUAAGUGCUUGGAUCAACAACUGAAUUAAGAAAUUCAAGAGAACUCAUGAGUGCGUGUAUGAUGGAUACAAACCCUAACGUGUUAGGGCUGGAGGACCAGCAUAGAACUGCUUCCUCCAGUUCCUCUGGCUGUAGGGAGACAAGUCAGGCUGCAGUGACCUCAGGAUCCAGAGUCAGUGGAGAGCAGCAUCCUCAGAAACCCAGCAAACAGCGCUCCCAACAGGGCUUCAGUGUACUACAGAAACUGUCUGCUGAAGAACGGAGGAUCACGAAUGAAUGUCUACAUGGUGUGAUUAGUUUGGAGGACCUGAGUCACGCAUCGGAUGGCAUCAUCGACUGGGUGGUGACCGUCACCACUGAAGUUCUCCUCCCUGCCAUCUCCCUGUGCAAAGCUCUGAGAAGCAGAUCCUCCUCCAGCACUAAACAGGAUCCACAGAGAAGGUCCCCAUCAGAGGCCUCGCUGCUACAGGCCCCAUCAAUAUCAACAUCAUCAUCAACACCUCCACACUCUGGUGCCUCCCCAGUGAGACUGAGAAUCAUCCCCAAAAUGUCCAGCUUCCUUACAGGCCAGGGUGACGCUACUGGUCGCCUUCUGGGGGGGCGGGCCCUUGGAUCCCUGUUAGGUGGAGAGGUGAGGACGGAUGCUGAGUUAGAACACAUGGCCAGCAGGGUGGUGGCUGUGGUUCUACAAGGGGUCUGGACUAUGACAUCAGUAGACACUAGCGACCCUGAGAUGGGGGCUCUUCUCUCAGGCAUUCUCAAGAACAUCCCCAUGGUGUUGAAUCCUGCUGUAGCUGCAGAUAGAGAAAGCUCUGACAGUCAGAGUCCCUUGGAGACAGUUGACAUUGGGCAGAGAAUCAACCCAGGGGUUUUCCUCUCAGACGAGCACAUCAGCCGUAUUUGCUCAGACACGGUGACCAGCGCGUACAGCAACACCAGGUUCUCUGUAUUGGAGGACAAGUCUCUAGGCUUCACUGAUGACAGAACCCUGGCUCCUCCAUCACCGCUUUGUCAGAAGUCCCAGUGUUGCCUGACUGCUGGGGAAGAGACAGGCAGGGCUCCCUCUCUCUCUGAGCAGCACAGCACCACCUCCCUACAGGGAAGACAGUCAUGUUCCUCACACUGCAGCCAGACAUCAGGGCAGAGUGCUGCCUCCCUCUCUGGUAGUCAGAGUCCAGACGAGCUCCUCACCCCUGAGGUGAAGCAGAGGAUUAUCAUGGCUGUGGAGGAGAUCAUCACAGAGGGCGGUGAGGACGAAGCCUCUGGAUCCACAGAGCUGUGUGAAGCUGUGUCACCAGGCUCUCGCCGCUUCACUCCCACUACCAGCCUGGCAGCCAGCAACAUUGUGUCUGUUGUUCUGCACGGCCUAAAGGACACCAUCGGUGCGGUUCAGUCCAAAGAGGUCACCAGGUCAGAGUUGGAAAAGACAAUCAGCCAAAGCCUGGUCAACUCUGUGAUGGUGAUCCUGAAGAGUCGGUUGAUGCUGGAUGCUCAGGUUCCUGUGGUGCAGGGGGACAACUCCACCCUGAAGACCUCAGAGCAGAUCCCACAUGGAACCAUGGAGACCCCAGAGCUGAUCCCAUCUGUAACCAUGGAGACCUCAGAGCUGAUCCCAGACAGAACCAUAGAGCCUCCAGGAUGUUCCUCAGACAUAGCUGUGGAUAAGAACCACAUCUCCCUCCAAGGUGAUGAGGACAUGGCUUAUGAGGCCAGCAUCACCGCCACCUCUAUCUUCUCCUCCAUCGUGGAUCUGGUGAAUCCCAUAAAGGACAGAAGGUCCACCUCAUCCAGGGGAGGCUCUCAGUAUCAGUGCCCCAUGCGUGCCUUCCUGGACUCCAAGGACCUAGCAGGGUUCCUUCGCAGCCCUAACCUCCGCCGCUUCUCUGAGCAACUGAUCUCGCACGUGGUGCGACUGAUCCUGGAGUCCAAAAUGGCGAAGACGACGUCAGUGAGAACGUGUUUCUCAGACACGACAGUCACCAACCUGAGUGGAGGCCUUGACCUGUCCACAGAGUUCUGUACUGAGCUCCUCUACAGAUUUGCGGAGGGGGCGGUCAAGAACCUUCUGGAGACUUUCCUGAGUGUUCCACACAGCCCUCCUGUGGAAUCCUUCAUGGAGGAUUACAGCUGCAUGGAAGAGAGGAACUGGGUGGUCUCUCCCACCCUCUCUAGUGCCAGGAGUGCAUGCCUGGAGAGUGAUGAUGACUCCACAAUCACACAAGAGUCAGGUGAAGUGGGCGUGGUCAAGCCCAGCUCUAGGAAAACCAUCAAUGAUCUUCUAUCUGACAUGUUCAUUGACAGAGUUGGAGAACUUCUCCUAGAGGGUUGUGAUGAUGAUGAGGUUGAACAGACUGCUGCCAUAGUUGAAGAACGUCUCCAAGAGGCAUGUGAUGAUGAUGAGGUUGAACGUACUUCAAACAACAAUUGCAUGAUGCCGGACAUGAUGUCAGAGACUUUGUCUAAGUAUUCUCUUGAAGCUGAACUGGACGAGUGCAGAGCUGAAUCAGUGGACUCAGCCGAGACAGAGCACAGCACCUCAUCCUUCUGGCAGUCCAAUCCCAGCCAGGCUUCCUUCAAGGCAGAAGCCUCAUUAGAUGCCUCCUGGCUGGCCUCACUGGAGGCGAUGGUAGACCUCAGCUCUGCUAACAAUGCUGCAUUAACAGCUGACUGUCAGAACAUGGCUGUGACUCAGAGCAGCACAGGGGCAGCUGGCCACAAAGGCUGGCGCUGCAUCCCCUGCUGCCAGACUGCUGAGGGGACUCCCAUUGAGCCUGAGGUGCCUAAAACUCUAUCAAAGACAGCGAAGUUUCAGAACAAAAGCCAGAAGAAAUCUUCCAAGCCUCGUAAAGGAAAUAACUUCAAUAAUUCAGUGGCACCCCUGCCUGUUUCAGCUGCUGCAGAGAAACACAAGAAGCCCUCCUUUGGCUCCCGCUUGUCCGCUGCCUUCGCCAGGUUAUUUUGUGGAUGCUGUGGUAGCAAGAAGAAGAUCAGACAGUAGAGAAUCAUAUCAGCCACAAAGGAUAACACCAGACAUAUUUCAGCGCUGGGUUUAAAUAGUAAAACCCACAUGAAUAAAUAAAGAAACAUAAUUGCACUCAAGUUCAACCAUACCACAGCUUUUCCUUUAUUGAUCGUCUCCUGACAAAGUCCACCACAUCUACAUCAGAUCUUUCACAAACAAGCAACAAAAAGGAAAUAAUUACGUACAUUUAUCCUUAAUUAAUUAACUGAUUAAUUUAAUCAAAAAUCUUCACAUCAAAAGCAUUACGACUAUUUUUUUUCCCAACUCCGUAGUAGCACACAAAGACCACAUAAUUCUUACACAAUGUAUAUAUAAUUGGUAGUUAUGUCAUGUUAUUCAACUUUUUUCUUCAUAAUUGUUGGUCACACUUUAUUUGGAUAGUCCCAUAUAAAUGAUCUACAGAUGGUCAUAGUAUCGACUAAGUAGCUGUUGAUAAGCAAAUGUUUGCUAAGGUUACGUUAGGGUUAGGUUUAGAAUAAGGGUUAGGGUAAGGGUUAAGGUUAGGGCUAGGUUAAGGGUUAAGUUUAGGGUUAGGAUAAGGGUAAGCUUAGGGUUAGUGCUAGCGUUAGGGUUAGUGGAUAGUUAGUUGAAAUGUUAUUGACAGUUAUUGAACAUCUACAAACCAUCUACAACCCAUCUACUUGGGACUAUCCAAAUAAAGUGUUACCUAAAUGUUUCGCCCCAGAAAGGUUUGCAACAGUAAAACAUGACAAAGAAAAUGUUUCCUGACUCAGAAAACAAUGCCACACCUUACAUAAUGAACAUAAUGUUCUUUUGAAACACACACACUUUAAAUGCAUUAAUACAUAUAGACAUAUGCUAUUUUAAUAAUAGAUACAAUAUAUUAUCUUCAUUUAUAACAUAGUAAUAUCUGGUUAAUAAUAAUGUAUUAAAAAUGUUAUUUCAUACAUAUAUAAUUACAUGUUGUUCAUAAUUACACAUGUGUUAUGUAUGCCACAACAUAAAAAUGUCCUGUUGUUUUUAUAAUAUCUGAAGUAUAUAUAUAUAUAUACUUAAGAAUCUCAAACAAAAAAUUAUUGAAUAAAUAUACGAUUCUUGAGCACGUUUUGCCUUGAAAAAAAAAAACACUCAGUCACAUACACACAUGGAUCAUUACGAACAUUUGGAAACAGAAAUCACUAAGAUCUUCAGCUGUUGGCAUGAAAGAAGAGAUAAAUAGCACUGGUCAGUCUGUAAUCAACUGCUGGUAUUCUAGUGCUAAAUCAAAUGAGAGGCUUCCGAGGCCACUUUGGGAGAAUCUCAAUUGCAUACUCCUCGCAUCCUCUCUCCUCACCUCCUUCUCUUUAAUCCAUUUUAUGAGAAAGCCAGAGAUUCCUCCCUUCUGACCUUCUCCUCCAAUAGGUAUUGAGGAGGUGAGGAGAGAGGACAGGAGUAUGCAAUUGACACUCUCUCUUUGAUUUUAAGGACAUACACUAUGUCAGUUACUAGUGUCAAGCCAGUGUUGGUCACAUUUUGGUUGGCAGUCAACGUUGUUGCAUGGGUGUUGGUAAUUGGCGGAAAAGGACUUCGCUUUUAAGUUGGUUACAUACAUCGGUCUUCUUUAUUCGUGCUUACACGUCAUCAUUAUUGAAUUUGGUGCCUGCUGAUGGAAUGCUUAAGAAUUUGAUUAAAGGUUUACUGAUUUAUCUAGUUCGAGAAUGUUCCGCUGUGAACAGUUGAGUACAAUAUCUGAGUUUGUGCUGGUGAUGAUGCAGCACAUCUGUAACAGCUCAAUUUGUGUUAUUGUUGCUUGUUUAUAGUUGUGCUUUACUGUUAGUUGUUCAGUUCCUGUAUGUCAUACCCUGUCCUUUGUCCUGUAUGAUGGGAUAACAUUUCAGAUUUAGCACUGUUAACAGUGGGUUUGGCUAGGGUGUUAAUUUGGCAUAGAUAUGGCAGAAAACAUGAAACAAUGCAGUCCUCCAUGACCAAGAGUAGACACCAUUUUACCUUUGCCAAACAAAGAAAGCUAAACUGGCAGAAAAGGGAUGGCAAGCAGGUCCUAGGUCAUUGUUCAAUGACCGGGCUACAGUGUUGAGGCCCACAAAACACAGUGGUCUUUCGUAGGACUUGUGUUGCUCAGGUAUCAUCACCUAUAUCAUCAGGCGACUAUCUAUUCCCUUUAUGUUGGCCAGAAAGUAGCUUUGCACACCAAUUGCCUUCCUAAGGUUCCUUCUUUAAUAUGUGUUGAUAUAUGUGGGAGUAUAGGUGUGUAUGAGUUCCAAGACUGCAUCCCGAUUCUCCAACUUUCUCCCAAAGUGUGCACUUGCACACUCCCCAACAACGGUUGGUGGAAACUCCUUCCAGCCAAUGCUUACACCAAUCCAUUGUAUCCAUGAUGGGGAGUUUGCAAGUGCACACUUUGGGAGAAGGGUGGACAAUUGGAUUCACAAGUGAAUUAAGGCUGCAGAAAAUAACCCCUCUUCUGGUUAGAACUCUGUCUGAUCUCAUGGAGGUGGCCAACCAACACUGCACCCCCCCCCACACCCACACUGAAGGCAAACUGGUUCCGGACACCGACACACACACCGACCAUGGUCUCUGAGAAGCCCCUCGCUCUCCCCCAUAUCCUGCAAACCCAGUAAUGUUGUAGCACUCUCACACUCACACACACAGUGAUUGACCAACCCUUGGUCCUGUCCCACCCCGUUAGCCACCCAAAGUCCCUGUCAGCUAUUCAAGUCUCAGAUCUGUUAGUGCCAUCUUGCCAACUCCUACAGUCCCUUCAGAAAGUAUUCAUACCCCUCGAUUUAUUCCACAUUUUGUUGUUACAGCCUGAAUUCAAAAUGGAUU